CCCAGGUCCCUCUGUCUCCCAGGCCCGCGGGCCCCAUCCACCGGGCCGUGCUGCUUCCCCCGGGGCACCUGUCCAGGUGCGCUCCGCUAAACGCCGGGCUGGGUUGACGAGAAAUAAAAUCGGCCCCCGGGUCUAGGAACGUUGGGGGAUUUUGGCGGAGGACCGGCUCGAAUCGCCAGCCUCGGGUUCCGGCCCCGAACCGGGAAGGCGGGUUUCCUUUUGACGAAAGGAAGUUGGUUUUUGCUUCGGCCGUAGCUCCGCCGUCACGGUUCCUUCUUACCCAGCCUCCUAUUGAUCGAUUUUUUAAAAUGCUUUUAAAAAAAACACGCACGGCAGACAACCUACGUGAUUUUAUUUAAGGAGGAGAAGGCUCCCAAAGAUUGCCAGCCUUUAGAUGUAUACUGGCCGUGUUUCGUGGCCUCUCGAGUGGAAGCUCGUCGCGGGCGGGGAGCGCGGCUGUUACGUUACGUUGUACUCUCCUGAGCGCUCAAUAAAUGCCAUUUACUGACUGGCCGGUUGCCUUUUCGGGACCGACAUCCCUGGAGGGCGAAAGGUGAGGGCUAGAGGACAAGCGGCCCCGAGAAGAGUAGUUUUCGCUUUUGGCUUUGAGUCGGUGAAAGGGCCGAUUUCGCCCUCAGAUCGGUAAGCUCCUCCUGGGCGGGAAAGGCGUUUACCACCUCCUUUACACCGUCCUCUUCCCGAGCUCUUAGCGCAGUGUUCCGCGCAGAGGAAUAAAUACGAUUAAUCGACCCGCGGGGAGUGACCGAAGGCGCACGUGGCUUGAUACGUCGGACCUCUCCUGUCCUUGCGGCGACGUAUAAGACGUCCCGGUCAGUUUUAGCCUUCGUCGAUUACCCUGCCGGUGAUUCAUGGCAGGGGACGUGGAAGGAUUCAGUUCCUCCCUCCACGACACCAGCGUCUCUGCGGGCUUCAGGGCGCUGUACGAGGAGGGCCUGCUGCUGGACGUGACGCUGGUCAUCGAGGACCACGAGUUCCAGGCCCACAAAGCCCUCCUGGCCACGCAGAGCGACUAUUUCCGGAUCAUGUUCACGGCGGACAUGCGGGAGCGGGACCAGGACAAGAUCCACCUGAAGGGGCUGACGGCCCCGGGCUUCAGCCACGUCCUGCAGUUCAUGUACUACGGGACCAUCGAGCUGAGCAUGGCCACGGUGCACGAGAUCCUGCAGGCCGCCAUGUACGUCCAGCUCCUCGAGGUGGUCAAGUUCUGCUGCUCCUUCCUCCUGGCCAAGAUGGGCCUGGAGAACUGCGCCGAGAUCAUGCGGCUGCUGGACGACUUCGGGGUCAGCGUGGAGGGGGUCCGCGAGAAGCUGGACGCCUUCCUCCUCGACAACUUCGUGCCCCUCAUGGCCCGCCCGGACUUCCUGGCCUACCUGAGCUUCGAGAAGCUCACGGCCUACCUGGACAACGACCGGCUGAGCCGGUUCCCCGAGAUCGAACUGUACGAGGCCGUCCAGGCCUGGCUGAGGCAUGACCGCCGGCGCUGGCGGCACACGGACGCCAUCAUCCGGAACGUCCGCUUCUGUCUGAUGACCCCGGCCAGUGUGUUUGAGAAGGUUAAGACCUCGGAGUUUUACAGAUACUCCCGGCAGCUCCGCCACGAGGUCGAGCAGGCGCUGAAUUACUUCCACAGCGUCCACCGGCAGCCGCUGAUGGAGACCAAGAGCAGCCGCAUCCGGUCGGCCAAGCCGCAGACGGCCGUCUUCCGGGGCAUGAUCGGUCACAGCAUGGUCAACAGCAAGAUCCUCCUGCUGCACAAACCCCGGGUCUGGUGGGAGCUGGAGGGCCCGCAGGUCCCCCUGCGCCCCGACUGCCUGGCCAUCGUCAACAACUUCGUGUUCCUGCUGGGCGGCGAGGAGCUGGGGCCCGACGGCGAGUUCCACGCCUCGUCCAAGGUGUUCCGCUACGACCCCAGGCAGAACGCCUGGCUGCGCAUGGCCGACAUGUCGGUGCCCCGCUCGGAGUUCGCCGUGGGCGUCAUCGGCCGCCACGUCUACGCGGUGGCCGGGCGGACCCGGGACGAGACCUUCUACUCCACGGAGCGCUACGACAUCCUGGAGGACAAGUGGGAGUUCGCCGACCCCUACCCGGUCAACAAGUACGGCCACGAGGGGACGGUCCUCGGCGGGAAGCUGUACGUCACCGGGGGCAUCACCUCGUCCUCCACGUCCAAGCAGGUGUGCGUCUUCGACCCCAGCCGGGAGGGGACGGUGGAGCAGCGGACCCGGCGGACCCAGGUGGUGACCACCUGCUGGGAGAACCGCUGCAAGAUGAACUACGCCCGCUGCUUCCACAAGAUGAUCUCCCACAACGGGAAGCUGUACGUCUUCGGCGGCGUCUGCGUCAUCCUCAGGGCCUCCUUCGAGUCCCAGGGCUGCCCCUCCACGGAGGUGUACGACCCGGACGCGGACCAGUGGACCAUCCUGGCCUCCAUGCCCAUCGGCCGCAGCGGCCACGGGGUGGCCGUGCUGGACAGGCAGAUCAUGGUGCUCGGGGGCCUCUGCUACAACGGCCACUACAGCGACUCCAUCCUCACCUUCGACCCGGAGGAGAACAAGUGGAAGGAGGACGAGUACCCCCGGAUGCCCUGCAAGCUGGACGGCCUGCAGGUGUGCAGCCUCCACUUCCCCGAGUACGUGCUGGAGCACGUCCGCCGUUGCAACUGAAGACGCGCCCCGCUCCCUCGCCCCCCGCCCCCCUCCCCCACCUCAGAAGAAUCCCCUCCUUGGGCCCGCGGGGGAGAGCGCCCGGUUGGCGACGGGAGGCGGGGGAGAGCGGUGGUCUCGGUGCCGCGGG